CUUGAUUGUGAUCAUUCUGUCAGCCUCGAACGAUUUCCUACUUUUCUCAAUAAUGGCCAAGAAAAAGGAAAGGAAAGGGAGAAUCGUGAAAACCGCCACUGACCCAGAGCUUGCUUUCGGAGAAAUAGCUAUAGUGGAGGAUAUGCCUACACCAGAAGAGACACAUGUGGUAGAAAAGACGAGUGCAGUAGAGAAACCUCUAGCCAAAUCAAACUCGAGAGCUCAUCCCAGACCACAGAGACCAAGAACAUCCCCGUAUACCAGCUGUCGAGUUGUUCUGCAUAUCGGUCCGAAUGCAGUGGUUCACUAUGUUCCGAAAGAUUUUGUCCAUUUUCCACAAUGGGUCAAGCCUAAUCGAUGGGGAGAAAUCGCCCUCCCCGACGUCGAUACAGACACGGGUCAUACGCUGGUUCAUUAUCUACACACCGGCACCUAUCAAACACUCAAUAAUGGCGCCUUUUCUCCCAAAGAAGAGGCGCGCGCCGAGUUCAAACGAGCUCUCUCGACCUACGUCAUGACGAUUACUUAUGACUUGCUCGACCUUCAACUGCUCACGAUGCGUGAGAUGGAAGACCAGGGUGCCCAAAUGGAUAUCUUCGAGAUGUUUGAGGCUAUCAAGGAAGAUUUCGCAAAGCUUGAUCCGACUACCUGGUUCUACGAGUACUUGCAUCGGAAAGCUCGAGCGGCGUUUGAAGAAGACCACACUGUGUUUACAAAGAACGUUUUCUUGGAAUCUUUGAAUAACGCAGCUCUGAACAAAUUCAUGCUGAUAUGUGUGGUGAAGCUCUACGACGACAAGGUCUCACGCAUGCUUGCCACAGACAUUGAGUGCUCUCGAGCGAAUAACAGAGGUGUACAACAAACCAUUCCGGAACAGGGAAUCACGGUCUACAACGACGACGUCGUUCCUCUUGCUCAUGAAUCUUCUGGCGAAGAACCCUCUAUUCAAGAAGGUAACGAACAGCCUCCCUUGUCAAUGGAAGAGUCUUGUGCAUCAAGUUCUCCGUUUCCAGCAUGUCCAAUGAAUGUCUGCGCGAAGGAAAUUAUAUCCCUCAAACAGGUCUCUGUCUCUGGAUGUUUGCUUCAAAAACGCCUUGCCGAGGUGCAGAACAAAAACAUCAAAAUGGAGGAGUCGGUUCUUCUGAAGCCAAUCGACCAGGUCCAAUUGGAUGACGCAAGUGAGUCAGCAUGUCGGUAUAUAGAUUUUCAACCCCCGGGGAGAAGGAAUCGCUGCUGGUACUCAGGCUCUUCCCAGAACACCACCGUUAAGACUCAUCAAAAAUCACCAGUUCCAAGAUCUCUAGAACAAUGGUAUGAGUCUACAGAGGAGGGAAACAUCGAGAACGGGCAGGUCAGCAAUGAACCGAGUGCCCGUAGUGAACUGCAUCCACCCACGGCAGCUGAAGACGGAAAGGUUACUCCAGUUGCAACGGAAGAAUUCGAGGAACUGGAGGUGCCCACCGACACAAGUGAUUCAGAUAUUGAAGGCUGGUAUGAUAGUCCAAAAGAGGUCUCCUUGCGUAGCUAG